UUCCACAGUGAAGAGAGAGGCCAGCCGAAAGUGACGAACCAAUGAAAUCCUGAGCAACAGCUGCAACCAAAUGAAAAACCAAAGCAGGAAAAGCAAAAACCAACGAAAGCAGAAAAAAGUGCUUUACUCCUCUCGAUGUUUUUAGGGUUUUUGUUCUCUCCCCAGCGCCCUUUUCCUCUUAAAUUCAAUGUACUUUAACUUCUCCAGCACCCACAGUUUCCCUCCGCCCUGAGAUCUCUCCUCACUUUCUCAAAUUAAAGCAAAUUUUCAAACUCUUAAUUUCUGGGUUUUCUGUUUUUCUCUCUUUUCGAAAAAUGUUUCAGAGACUGGGGACGAUUGGCGGGUCGUAGCAGAACAGAAGACUCUCCGGGACGAUGAAGAUCGGUGAGCCGGCAACGGUGAAGGUCCGAUCUUGGGCGCUUUGGCAGGUUUGAGUAGUUGCUUCGGGUUGCAGAGAUCGGAAAUCGGAGUUUUUUGUGAAGGGUAUCGGCAUAAUCGGAGGACUGGGCCGGUUCGAAUCGCCGAGUCGUACGAAUCGGGCAGCGGUAAUAACAGCUUCAAAUCUCGAGAGAACAUUUUGCGGUGAAAAAUCACUUUCUGUCGAUUUCUCUGGCUGAUUGUCUCUGCGAAAAAAUCAUUUCGAAAAAUGAGAGGAACAGAGGACGCGCGAAUGUAAGCGUACGUACUCGUUAGAGCUUUCGUUUCGAUGUUUAAAGGAGGAGGGCUGGUUUCGCUGGUCGUGGACUUCUGCUGAUAAAUGCUUUCAAAUAACACUUGAGAGUGUUUUGAAUGUUUUCGUUUUGGGUCUCUUAAUUUUAGGUUGGUUUAGCUCCGAUCUCGAAAAGAUUUACCAUCCUUGUGUUUUGAGCUGCUUCGCAGUGAGAAAACAGGGAUAGCUGCGUUUCAGUUGUUGGUUUCAGUAAAUCCUAGAAUCACGCUAUUUGUAUUUCAGCGAGUGAAGAAAAGAAGAGCAAAGAAGCUGCAGUCACGAAUCGACCAUAUAUAUAUAUAUAUAUAUAUUAUCUAUUUCUUUAGAGUUUCAAUUCCUUGGUCAAGCAUUUUAUUAAGCUUCUUUGGGUGUUGUGACUUUGGGAUUUUUGGGAGUGUUUGUGGGAUUGUGAGAUUGACGGUGAGAUGGCAAUGUCCUGCAAGGAUGGUAAACCAGGGUUGGACAAUGGCAAGUAUGUCCGCUACACGCCUGAGCAGGUUGAAGCCCUCGAGAGGCUUUAUCACGAGUGCCCUAAACCCAGUUCGAUUCGCCGCCAACAGCUCAUUAGGGAGUGCCCAAUCCUCUCCAACAUUGAGCCCAAGCAGAUUAAAGUUUGGUUCCAGAACAGAAGAUGCAGGGAGAAGCAGCGGAAGGAGGCGUCCCGCCUUCAAGCCGUGAAUAGGAAGCUGACGGCCAUGAACAAGCUUUUAAUGGAAGAGAAUGAUAGGUUGCAGAAGCAGGUGUCACAACUGGUGUAUGAGAAUGGCUACUUUCGCCAACACACCCAGACCACGACGCUUGCGACCAAAGAUACAAGCUGUGAGUCGGUGGUGACGAGUGGUCAACACCAUUUGACGCCUCAGCAUCCGCCGAGGGAUGCUAGUCCUGCAGGGCUUUUGUCCAUUGCAGAAGAGACUUUAACAGAGUUUCUUUCAAAGGCCACUGGAACUGCUGUUGAGUGGGUCCAAAUGCCUGGAAUGAAGCCUGGUCCGGAUUCCAUUGGAAUCGUUGCUAUUUCUCAUGGUUGCACUGGAGUGGCAGCACGAGCCUGUGGCCUAGUGGGCUUAGAGCCCACAAGGGUUGCAGAAAUCCUCAAGGAUAGGCCAUCGUGGUUCCGCGAUUGCCGAGCUGUGGAUAUUUUGAAUGUGCUGCCUACGGCAAAUGGUGGAACCAUUGAAUUGCUGUACAUGCAGCUCUACGCGCCAACAACUUUGGCGCCUGCACGUGACUUCUGGUUGUUACGCUAUACUUCUGUUUUGGAGGAUGGCAGUCUUGUGAUUUGUGAAAGAUCACUUAAAAAUACUCAAAAUGGCCCUAGCAUGCCAGCUGUGCAGCAUUUUGUGAGAGCAGACAUGCUGCCGAGUGGGUACCUGAUAAGACCUUGUGAAGGGGGUGGUUCUAUCAUUCACAUUGUUGAUCAUAUGGAUUUGGAGCCAUGGAGUGUUCCUGAAGUGUUGCGCCCUCUGUAUGAGUCCUCAACAGUGCUUGCUCAAAAGACAACAAUGGCUGCUCUUCGCCAGCUAAGGCAGAUAGCUCAGGAGGUUUCUCAGUCCAAUGUCAAUGGCUGGGGCAGGCGACCUGCAGCCCUACGAGCGCUAAGCCAGAGGUUGAGCAGGGGUUUUAAUGAGGCUCUAAAUGGGUUUACUGAUGAGGGGUGGUCAAUGAUUGGAAAUGAUGGAAUGGAUGAUGUUACUAUUCUUGUGAACUCGUCUCCUGAUAAAUUAAUGGGCUUAAAUCUUUCCUUCACUAAUGGAUUUUCAACUGUCAGCAAUGCAGUCUUAUGUGCUAAAGCAUCAAUGCUUCUACAGAAUGUGCCUCCUGCAAUACUGCUUAGAUUUUUGCGGGAGCAUAGAUCAGAAUGGGCAGACAACAAUAUUGAUGCUUACUCAGCUGCAGCUAUCAAAGUUGGUCCUUGCAGCUUACCAGGGUCUCGCGUUGGAAGUUUUGGAAGUCAAGUUAUUCUCCCACUUGCUCACACUAUUGAGCAUGAAGAGUUCUUGGAGGUCAUUAAGUUGGAAGGGGUGGGCCAUUGUCCUGAAGAUGCGAUGAUACCUCGAGAUAUGUUUCUCUUGCAGCUGUGCAGCGGAAUGGAUGAGAAUGCUGUUGGCACUUGCGCUGAACUCAUUUUUGCUCCUAUUGAUGCUUCUUUUGCUGAUGAUCCACCACUUCUUCCUUCUGGGUUUCGCAUCAUUCCUCUUGAUUCCGGAAAGGAGGCUUCCAGUCCUAAUCGCACUCUGGACCUUGCUUCUGCUCUUGAGAUUGGUCCUGGAAAUAGAACAUCUACUGAUUAUACUGGCAAUGGUGCUAAUAUGAGAUCUGUAAUGACAAUAGCGUUUGAAUUUGCAUUUGAGAGUCACUUGCAAGAAAAUGUAGCAUCUAUGGCUCGGCAAUAUGUUCGCAGCAUUAUAUCAUCAGUUCAGAGGGUGGCAUUAGCUCUCUCUCCCUCUCAUCUAAGUUCACAUGCUGGUCUUCGGUCACCAUUAGGCACUCCUGAAGCACAAACUCUUGCUCGGUGGAUUUGCCAAAGCUAUAGAUGCUACUUGGGUAUGGAGCUACUCAAAUCUAGUGGUGAAGGAAGUGAAUCCAUCCUCAAAACACUUUGGCAUCAUUCGGAUGCUAUCAUGUGCUGCUCUUUGAAGGCACUGCCAGUUUUCACCUUUGCAAACCAGGCCGGUCUCGACAUGCUUGAGACAACCCUGGUUGCUUUGCAGGACAUAACUUUGGAAAAGAUAUUUGAUGAUCAUGGAAGAAAAACUCUCUGCUCAGAGUUCCCACAGAUCAUGCAACAGGGUUUUGCAUGCCUUCAGGGUGGUAUCUGUUUGUCAAGCAUGGGUCGGCCAGUCUCAUAUGAGAGAGCAGUGGCCUGGAAGGUGCUGAAUGAGGAAGAGAAUGCUCAUUGCAUCUGCUUUAUGUUCAUGAACUGGUCUUUUGUCUGACAUGAGCAGAGCUGGAUUAAAAAGCAAUAGAGUAAUGAACUCCAGACUAUUAUCAUCGUUUGCUCUUUUUGUUUUUCUUUUGGACAUGGUAUCCUGCUAUACUGAUCAGGCUUCUAUUUACAUUUUAGGCUGCCUGCUUCUUCUGUUAUCUUAAGUUGAACGAGCUUUGUGUGCUUGCUUGCAGUUUUUAUAGUAUAGUUUCGGAAGUUUCAUUGCAAAA